CUAGCCUGCUUCCAGGUAGUCUCUGUAAGAAGAAUAGUAAAAGCUUAAGAUCGAAGAACAAUUUUACAACAAUAUAUAAAUUUGGUGCUUGUUCUCGAGACAAGUAUCGGAUCUAAAUCCAAUUUGCGAUGAAACCUAGUUCCUGGAACUUGGGAUGUUUGCUUCUUGUUCUGUUACUCUCACUCUCUCCUUAUCCGAUCUGUGCUAAGCAGCAGUCAUCAUCGGAUAAAGCUUACGUGACUCUACUCUACGGCGAUGAGUUUCUACUGGGAGUUCGUGUUCUGGGUAAAUCAAUUAGGGAUACUGGAUCUACUAAAGACAUGGUUGCUCUUAUCUCUGAUGGCGUCUCACCCUAUGCUAAGAAACUCCUCAAGGCUGAUGGUUGGAUUGUCGAGCCAAUUACUUUGUUGGCAAACCCUAAUAAAGUUAGACCACAGAGAUUUUGGGGAGUUUAUACAAAGCUUAAGAUAUUCAACAUGACUAACUACAAGAAAGUUGUUUAUCUGGAUGCUGAUACAAUUGUGGUGAAGAGUAUUGAAGAUUUGUUUAAAUGUGGAAAGUUUUGUGCAAAUUUAAAGCAUUCGGAAAGGUUAAAUUCAGGAGUUAUGGUAGUUGAACCUUCUGCAACUGUUUUUAGUGACAUGAUGAGCAAAGUGAAUACUCUUCAGUCUUAUACAGGAGGUGAUCAGGGUUUCCUCAAUUCUUACUACAAAGAGUUUCCUAAUGCUCGUCUAUUUGAGCCGAAUAUACCAUUAGAAGUGGUGGAAUCCAAGCCGGCUCCUGAAAUGGAGAGACUUUCAACUCUUUACAAUGCUGAUGUUGGUCUUUACAUGCUUGCAAACAAGUGGAUGGUGGAUGAGAGCAAACUUCAUGUAAUACACUACACGCUUGGUCCUCUUAAGCCGUGGGAUUGGUGGACAUCGUGGCUUGUGAAGCCUGUCGGUGUUUGGCAGGAUGCAAGAGAAAAACUUGACGAAACUCUACCAGGGACUGGCGGUGGCAGAGAUCCAACAGACGAGCUUAUAGUGAAGCUUCUUAUUGUUCUUCCGCUAUUCACAUUUCUCUUCUGUUAUUAUCGCUCUUUUCUCCAGACGCGUUCGUUGGCUGGCCAUUUUAGACAUUUAUGUUACACAUUCAGAUUUAGAACCAUCCUUCCUUAUUCAGCCGUAUCUUCUUCGCCUACUUUAAAUUCAAACCAGCUUGUUUUGGCUUCAUAUUCCAAGGUUCCCCCGUUUCUUGGUGGUCUUUCUGUUUUUGUCUGUUUUACGUCUGUUCUUUCGGCCCUUGCAAUUUCAUUUCUUAUUAUUCCUCGACAAACCAUGCCAUGGACCGGUUUACUACUCAUGUACGAGUGGACAUUCACCAUCUUCAUCUUGUUAUUCGCGAGUUAUCUCCACCUGGUUCAACGGUGGGGAAUGUUGACUGCCAAUCGAUUGGGUUCCAUUUCUUCUGAUGUGGAAUCUGGACAUAACGAUGAUUCUUCAAAAGGUCAUCAGAUGCAGGGAUCUUGUUCUUUCGAUGAUGUGACAUUGUAUUAUCUUCUUGGCUUCGCAGUUCUUUCCAUUUUUACCCUUUCUUUGCCUUCCUUACUGGGGAUAACUGCUCUCUUCUUGAAGUUAGGGUUAAUGGUAGCCGGAGGCCUUAUUUUGGCAUCUUUUAUGACUUAUGCUGCCGAACACCUCGGGAUUAGGUCGUUUAUGAAAGGGCUCGAUGACAGAGAUGCAUCGAGAAGGAAGAAUAUUUGUCUCCUUUGCUAGGUAGUUUUCUUCUUUUCCCCGACAAGUUUUUCUUAAUUUAAUUGACUUUGUUCUUUUCUGUAACAUAUAGUUGGAUUUUUUUCGAUUUUGCUUCACACUGACAUUUUGUAAAGAAAACAAAAUUUGUAAUUUAAGGAAUUGUAUGUCUUCAAAAUUCUU